AUGAGCACAGCAUAACAAAUAAAAAGAAGAUAAUAACCUUCAGAAUAGAUGGGAUUCUGUGUCUAAUGUUUAAAUUUUAUUCCAAUUGCUUAAAUUGAUAUUCACUGUCUAAACUGUAUGGACAAUACCAAGAAGCUCAACAGCUAAAUUGAUUAAAUCUCCUAACAAUUACAACAUAUAAAGAACAUUGCUACUAAAGGAGCUGAUAAAUCAAAUGCUAAUAGUGAAAAAUACAAAUUCAUGAUUAGAAUACAGGAGCUUAGUUCUCAAAUCGAUGCUAUUCGAUGUUAUAAUAACCAAAGUAUCAAAAAGCUAAAAGACAUAGAAAGUGAAGUAAAUGUACUGAUAGCUUACCCAUAAACAUCAAUGACUAUCAUGAUGUUAUUAAACAGAUUAUUAUCUUUGGUAAAAGAGAAAUUAGUUUUACAGAAUCAGAAAAGACUGGUUUCUCAAAAUUCAUUACCUUAAGGGGCUGAUACAAGAAUAAAAACCGAAUCACAAUAUUAGGAAGGUAGUGAAGCUGAAUACACAUAUAGAUAAUUCAAAUCAGAGAAUAAUAUUAGAAAAGUAUCUGAAUUUAAAAGAACUUUUUAUUCAAAAUGUUUGGAGUUGAAACUUUAGCUUUCAAAAAAUGAUCCAGCUUAAUAGAUUCUAGUUUAAGAUUUAUACAGAAUAGUAGUAAGAAAUAAUUACAAUCAGGAAGAAGCAAUUAGAUUUGUGAGAAGAUGUUUAAAUGAGGGUAAAAUUAAUUAAGUAUGA